AUGCCCCCCGAUGAGAUUGCUUGGACCAAUCUUGAAUCUCAUUCCUGCACGAGUUAUGCAACAAGGGAGUACGUGGCAGAAAUCAACGUCUCACCUUGGAACCGCCAGUGGGCGAAAAUAUGCAUGAGUACUCCAGUGGUUGUCCAUGGCCGGCCUCACUUUGCCUCCAGAUGUGAAUAUGUUAGUAUGGUAAUCGGUCAUUUCGCCAUCAGACAUAACGAACUAGACUGUGUCACAUACUGGAGUGGAUAUAGGGAUUGGGGAUGUACCGCUAAAGGCUCGCACAAGAGACACAUUGAGCAACAUCUCAUGAACGUACCGGCCAACGCAGACUAUAAAGAAUUCUGUGCGACAACGCCUGCUCAUUUCUUAGGCCAAGGAUUCUCUGGUGCGGACUCGUGCUUCGAUAGCAUCUGGGGUGUCUAUGGGCAGUGGUUCAUUGACGACCCCAGUUGCUAA